GUUUCUCCUUGUCAGUCUUUUUCCCAUGUCUGCACUCUUCCCCUCCUCUUGCGCUAUCUCUCUUGUUUGCACGUAUGGACCCAGAGCCUGCCUGCACCCACUAGCUAACGCAUAGAACUCACUCGAGCCUAACCCUUGCGAUGAUUCGGAUUAAUCUAGCACUGACACUGACAUCCAAGCCUGACAUUAAUCUAAGCCUGAAAUUGACACUGUCACUAAUUCCGUCCACGUCAUCCAGAAGCAUCUUCGCGAUGGACUCACUCUUGCCGGCCUGGAGUGUCUGACGCUACCGUACCGUACCGUUCCACACCACCGAGCUCCUCUCGCAGCCUGGAGAAGUUUUCGUUAGAAUACUCGCUAUGGAGUCUUCAGCUGGUUUUUAAGAAUCCUUAAUAACCAACUCAGCUCCUCUCUGAGGUUGGAGGAGUUCGCGUUAGAAUCACUCGCCAUGGAGUCUUCAGCGUGCAUCGGCGGUGCUGCUCCUCCGAGCCUCCUUCAGGGGGUCCCGAGCCUCCGUCAGGCUCGGCAAGACCAUUACCCCCCGUCCAUUCGUCCUGCCGGAGUCGCGAAUAGCGGCGACCUGCUGCCGCCACCUGCUAUAGAGCUAGGCGAGCGACGCGACCCAAUAUCCCUCGAGCCAAUCAUAAGCCCGCCUACUAUCCGCCGGACCGCGUCGAUAGGUACCAGCAGCGGUAGGGACUUUCACAUGUCCCUGCCUCAGAUACCUCCUCCUGUCGUCCCGGGACCCGCCUUAAUAGUGAUGUCAGACGAAGCCGAUUUAGACACCGGCAUAAGCAUAAUUUGUCCACCCAGAAAUGGGCUCCUAUUUAGCCCUACCGACGAAAGCGAGAAAUCCAGCGAAACCGGCGAAACUGGCCGAGGCGCCUCAGGCCGUCUGGCCACGUCCGGAGCUGGCCCGGCGGUUCGGAAAGGCUCGCCGAGCCUGAGCCGCGCGAGGCUCGGAUUGGGCGAAAUCCGGCUAGACCUGGGUGCGUUGCGCGCGCGCACGGAGCGGGAUUUCAACUCGGAAGCGAUGGAAGUGCGCGCGCGGAAGGAGAAGUUCGCGUUCUUCGAAAAGGACUGCAGCCGCGUGCUGGAGCAUGUGUUCGUGGGGAGCGACUUUGUGGCGCGCAGCAGGGAGAUUCUAGGGGAGGCGGGCAUCACGCACGUGCUUAAUUGUGUGGGGUUCGUGUGCCCAGAGUACUUCCCCGGGGAUAUCGUCUACAAGACGCUCUGGCUGCAGGACAAUACAGCGGAGGACAUAACGUGUGUGCUGUACGACGUGUUUGACUACAUCGAGGGUGUGCGGGAGAGCGGCGGGCGUGUGUUCGUGCACUGCUGCCAGGGCGUCUCGCGCUCCACGUCGCUCGUGAUCGCCUACCUCAUGUGGACGCAGAGGAUGGAGUUCGAGGAGGCGUUUCGGCGGGUGAAGGCGGUGCGGGGCGUGGCCAGCCCCAACAUGGGCUUCGCCUGCCAGCUGCUGCAGUGGCAGAAGCGAGUGCUGCCGCCCAAACCACCCCCUGCAGCAACUCCAGCAUUAGCAGAUGUAGCAGUGUCAACAACACCAGCAGACACUGCAGCGCCAGCACCAGCAGCAGCAGGAGCCUCUUCGUUACCACCACCAUCGUCCAAAUCCCCGCCGCUGUCAGCAGCAGCAUUGCCGGGCGGCGUGGUUCGGCAGCACAUGUACCGCAUGGCGCCGCACUCCCCCUACGAUGCCCUCCACCUGGUCCCCAAAACCGUCCCUUUCUCUCGCGCCUCACUGGACCCCCGCGGGUGCUUUCUGGUGCAGGUGGGACCUGCCCUGUACUGCUGGCAGGGGCGAGAUUGCCACCCCCUCAUGGCGCAACAAGGCCUUGCCACAGCCAAGCAGAUCAUUAAGUAUGAAGAUUUGGGCGGGGAGCCGGUGCUGGUGAUGGGCGGGCAGGAGACGGAAGGGCUGACGUACCUUGGGCAGGAUGCAAAACUUUUAGAUGCUGGAGGAAAGAGUAGUGGCAAGGAGGGGUCUGAUGUGACUGCAGCAGCUGCGGUGCCAGAAGCAAUAGAAGUAAUAGCAGUGAGUGUAAAUGCCCCAACCACGCUAGAAGCAACAGCACCAGGAACACCAGCAGCAGCAGUGACCGCUGUGCCCGACUCAUCAGCUUCGGCUUCAGCGAGCAGCCCAGCAGCAGCAGCAGAGCCAUCGCCACACGCAGCUGACACGUCCGACUCUCAUCUCUCGCCCUCAACUCUCUCCUCCACCUCUAAAAGCGCAGCCCCGUUACAGCCUAACUCGACAACCCUUUCACCACCCAAGGCAAUCACCUCAACACCACCUGUCCACCCUCCUGCUCCCUCCCUGCCGCACGCUGCUUCUACCCCAAACCCCACUCACACCCCCGCCUCUCCUGUACCUCCCGACCCUCCUUCUCAACCCACCACGUCCGGAUCCCCAGGCUUCUUGGCCUUCCGAACCUCGUCCUCCAUAAUAGGCUCGGGAUCCAUCUUCGGUGCGGUGGACAGGUUCGCGCAGAAGCUCCGGCGCCGAAGCUGGGACCGCAAGGAAGCGGAGCAGCUUCGGAAGAUAGCUGCGGCGGUGGAAAGGGAAGGCACGGGAAGGAAAGAGAGAGGCAAGGAUGGAAAGGUGGGGGCAGAGGGGAAGGGACGGAAGGGAGAAGAGACUUCUUCAGAAGACAGUGGAGCAGCAGCAGGAGCAGAAGCAGCAGGAGGGGGGGAGGAGAAGGAGGAGGAGGGGCGGGUAGACGCAAAGGCAAAGAGGGUCGGACAAGGAGGAGUGAGAGCCUAUCAGAGGAGCAGCUGGAAGCCUUAGCAGGGCAGCUGCGGUGUGGGGGGCUGCUAGACCCCUCUGACAUCCGCCUGCGCAGGCCGUUCCUUAGAGGGCUGGGGCGCGCUGGGGGGGGUGCAGA